GACACCUAAGGGGAGUGCACGCAAAGGGCCCAAGAUGGCGGCGCGCGUGCUGCGGGGCCUUUGCCGAGCGAGGCCGGCGCUGCUUCCCGCCCGGACCCCGCCCGGAAUCGUACACCGAGCCGCCGCCGCCGCCGCCGCCGCCCCCAGCUCCGAGUUCCGAAGCGAAUACGCCCUGGACAGGCUCUAUCUGGAGCAGGCCAGAAGCGACCCCGCGGAGGGCACCCAAGAUGGGACAAAACAAACUUCUCCUGAUAUUCCUAUGGACUGUCUGUCCAUAUCCUAUUGCCGGAGCAGUGGACCCGGAGGCCAGAAUGUUAAUAAAGUGAAUAGUAAGGCAGAAGUUAGAUUCCAUUUGGCAUCAGCAGAUUGGAUUGCAGAAGAUGUGAGGCAGAAAAUAGCAGUGAUGCACAAGAAUAAAAUAAAUAAAUCUGGCGAGCUGAUCAUAAACUCUGAAGUGAGUCGCUACCAAAUGAAGAAUCUGGCAGAUUGCUUGCAAAAAAUCAGAAACAUGAUUAAGGAGGCUACUCAGAAAUCCAGUGUGGUAUCCAAGGAGAAUUCCCAGCUCCUUAUAGCCAGGGUGCAAAAAAUGAAUCGUGAACGACUGCGACAGAAAAAAAUUCAUUCGACUAUAAAACAAAGCAGGAGGGUAGACUUUGAUUGAAGACAACAACAAAAUUCCCUGGAUGUUGUAUUUUUAAACACAUUGGCCUGGAAACUGAAGAGGAUACACAAAUUAUAAACGGUCUUUAAAAAAGUCUUUGCUUAAAACAUGUAAAAAUAAAAUGUAAUUUAACAUGA